AUGAAUAAGAAGAGCUACUUUCUGGAUUCCCCAGUGGUCAAAGAUUAUAUGGUUAAAGGAGAAAGAUUUACCAAGUGGUCAGAGGACUCCACCAAGACGGUUCCUGUCACAAUGAAGAUGGAUAUGCAUGGCUUUUACCUCUACUGGACCAAUCAAAGCAAGGAGACAACGCUCUUGGAUAUUGCUACCAUCAGAGAUACCAGAACAGGAAAACAUGCAAAACUCCCAAAACACCCAAAGGUCCGAAACGUGUUUAACCUCGACUUCCCAGACAGUAACCAUUUGGCCAAAACACUGACUCUUGUUUCUGGUCUUGACACUGUCAACCUGACCUACCAUAACUUUUUUGCCUCCAAGGAUAAAGUGACACAGAACUGGGCCAAUGACAUCCUUGCAAUUGCCUACAAUUCUGCAAGAAAUAAUGCCUGCAGACAAAUUUUCCUGGACAAAAUCUAUGUUCGGAUUUGUCUCCAGACCAACAAAGAUGGCAAGAUCCCAGUGAAAAAUAUUUACAAGAUGUUCCCAGCUGAUAAGAAGAGAGUGGAAAAUGCACUGGCAUCAGCACACCUCCCCAAAGGAAAGUUUGACAGUAUGAAGCCUGAUGUCUUUACUGAAUCAGCUUUCAAGACCUUCUUGGCAAAUCUCUGUCCUCGCCCUGAAAUCUAUGAGAUCUUCACUUCUUAUUCCAACAAACCCACCAUGACGAAGGAGAACUUCACCAAGUUCCUCAACGAGAAGCAGAGGGACUCCCGGCUCAAUGAGGAGCUUUUUCCACGGCUACGGCAGGACCAGAUAAAAGCUUUGAUGCUCAAAUAUGAACCCUAUAGCACUAAUUGUAACAGAGGUCUCAUUACCCCAGAAGCCCUCUUGUCCUUCCUGGUGGGUCCUGAGACUUCAGUGGUCAUGCAGGACAGGCUGGCCAAGUGUCAUGACAUGACCCAGCCUCUACCCCAUUACUUCAUUAAGUCCUCCCACAACACAUACCUGACAGCUGGUCAGUUUUCUGGCCUGUCCUCUCCGGAGAUGUACCGCCAGUGUCUGUUGUCCGGCUGCCGUUGUCUGGAACUGGACUGCUGGAAGGGGAAACCUCCAGAGGAAGAGCCCGUCAUUACACACGGCUUCACCAUGACCACUGAGAUCCUUUUCAAGGAUGUGAUUGAGGCCAUUGCUGAGAGCGCCUUCAAGACCUCCCAGUAUCCCGUUAUCCUUUCCUUUGAAAACCAUGUUGACUCAGUGAAACAACAGGAGAAGAUGGCCAACUACUGCAAAACCAUAUUUGGUAAUGCCCUGCUGACAGAGCCUCUGGACAAAUAUCCCAUGAAGUCAGGACAGCAGAUCCCGAGUCCAUCAGAGCUCAUGGGCAAGAUCCUGAUCAAGAACAAGAAGGGAAGUCAUAAGAAUACAAACCAAAUUAACAAGAAGAGGAGCACAUCAGCCAGUGAGGAGAUGACAACCAUUACUUCACCCGCACAAAACACUGACCCGCUUUCCAACAAUCCUGUCUACCCGAGCAAUCUGGAGAACCAGGGUGGGGAUAUGACUGUGGAAGACAAUGAGGAACAAGAGGACACAGAGGAACAGGAUGAGGAAAAAAUGAAGACCUGCGAUGAGGGCACAGCUGGACAGGAAGUCACAGCAUACGAGGCAAUGUCAUCGUUGGUCAACUACAUCCAGCCAAACAAAUUCAUCUCAUUUGACAAUGCCAGAAAAAAGAACAAGAGUUAUGUCAUCUCAUCUUUUGUGGAGACAAAGGGGGAAACUAUGAUUGCCAAGACUGCCGUUGAAUUUGUUGAAUAUAAUAAAAGGCAGAUGAGCAGGAUCUACCCAAAAGGAACAAGAAUGGACUCAUCCAAUUUCAACCCCCAGCCCUUUUGGAAUGUGGGCUGCCAGAUGGUGGCACUUAACUAUCAGACAUUGGACUUGCCCAUGCAGCUGAACAUGGCUCUGUUCGAAUUCAACGGGAGGACGGGCUACCUACUAAAGCACGACGUGCUACGGCGCGGUGACAAGAAGUUUGACCCUUUCUGCGACAGGAUUGACACAGUUGUGGCAAUCACACUGACCAUUAAGAUCUAUUCAGGACAGUUCCUGUCUGACAAGAGUGUAAAAACUGGAGUCGAUGUGGAGGUCAUUGGACUGCCAGGAGACCCCAAGAAGAAAUAUCGCACCAAGUGCUCCACUACACCCAACUCUAUUAACCCAGUGUGGAAUGAGGAGCCUUGUGUUUUUGACAAGAUUCUCCUCCCAGAAAUGGCUUCUCUGAGAAUGGCAGUCCAUGAGGAAAAUGGCAAAUUCCUUGGACACAGAAUCAUUCCCCUUGAUGCCAUUCAGUCAGGCUUCCAUCACAUCUGCCUGCACAGUGAAAGCAACAUGCCGCUCACUCUGCCUGCACUCUUUGUGUACAUUGAGGUCAAGGACUACAUCCCUGCUGCUUUUGCAGAUUUCACAGAGGCCUUAUUCAACCCAACAAAAGGCACUGAGAAGACGACUAGGACCCCAAAAGAGUCAUCCUUAGACUACAUUUCUCCUUAUGAGCUGCCUUUUGUGCCCCACACUACAAUGAUCAAAGCAAGGGAACCAACAGAAAUGGUGCUUUCGGAAACAAAUCCACUUGAGGCCAGGGAAACACCAUCCCAUGAUGCUUCACCUGAAGCGAGUGGAGAAGAUGCUGCAGAAGACAGAAUGUCAGACACUGCACAAACUGAAGACCUUCUUGUGGAUGCGGAACCAGCAAGUUCCACAUAUGAGACACUUCCUGGUGAUGACAUCGUCCCUGAAGAGGAUGCCACACAGCCCGAUACGACCACUAAAGACAUAGAGGAGUCAAGCAGUGACUCUAUAAACUCAGAACUAAUUUCAAAUGAUGGACUAGUCAAGAAGGUGGUUCAAGGAGAGCCCGCUCCAUUCAGUGCAUCACCGGAAUGUACAGUGUCAGAUAAAUCAUCUUCAGGUUCUAGUAAAGCGAUGUCUGCGUUUGCUGGAGAAACAUCCACCCUGACGACUGCAGAAUUGAUACAGCACAAGAGCUACCUGAAGGUCAUCAAGCGUCAGGAGAAAGAGACCAAAGAAGCAGAAAAGAAGUAUCAGAGAAAAACAGAAGAUAUGAGCCAGAAAUAUUCAGAUGCUUUCAAGGCCUGCAAGAAAAAGGCCUUGCUGAGGAAAAAUGAUGCAUCCCUGAUAGGAGGAAGCAUGUUGGGCUGCAGCCAAAAAAACGUGCAAGAGCACGAGCAAAAGAUGCAGGCUGAGCUGCACGCACUGUGGAUGGAACAGUGUGAUCAGCUGAGAAGGAAGAAAGAGCAGUAUGCCACAGAGAGACUGGCUAAACUGAUGAAGAUGGCCAAUGACAGACACAGCAUUGAACUGAAGACCUUGGAAAGUGAAAUCGAAGAGAGCAAGAAGAAGACAAAAUCUUCCUCACAGAAAGCCAAGCUGAAAAAAGCAACAAGUAGGGAACUGUCGGAUGAGCCUGAUGAAUCUGAAUGUGUGUCUUGCGAGUACAGCAUGCAGCAAGAGACUCUGCUGGUGAAACAGGCGGCCACGCUGGAGGAGAUCAAGGCUCUCACUAAUCAGCUUAAUCAGGAGGCCCUGAAGGAGCACGAAGACAAAAUGAGAUCUCUGCCAGCAGAGGUGAUGGAGGCUGUUAACGGCUGUCUGGGCGCCCACUUCCCUGAACUCAUCGAGCAGUCGGCCACCAUUAAAGUACAAGGGUCAAACAUCUAUGGAGAUGUCUUUCUAGGCUAGAUGGCUCUUCGUUCCUGAACCCUGGUCCUUCAGUUCAGCUCAAUCAUGGUACUGUGGAAGAUUUUUUUCAAAUACAAGAGAGCAGUCAGAUAUAUAAUUUUAUAUGUGAAACAUUCAUAUGUUUAGAUCAGUUUUUCUCAACCAGUGUGCCUGGCACAUUAGUGUGCCAUGAGCGCUCUUCAGCUGUGCCAAGGGAAAUUAUAAAAUUGUAUGUAAUUUCUCAAAUAAUUACUUAUUUACAAGAAAUAAUGUAUCUUUGUUCAUUUAUUUAUGCCAGUGAGGCGUAGUGACAGAAAGAACAAAUAAAUGCUCUUCUAUUAGAUGGCAGGAUGUACAUACAGUAAUCCACUUUUUGUGACGUUUUUGUUUGUUGGUGUGCUGUGGGAUUUUUAAUAUGGGCCUUGGCUCCAUAGAGGUUGGAAAUCACUGGUUUAUAUGAAGGAAUACUGUGUGAUGAAAUUGAAAAAAACAAAUUAUGACAAUUAAGUCAUUGAGUUAUGAGAAUAAACUCAACAUUAUAAUAUAAU